GCCAGUCAUUGAGCUGGGGAGAGGUAGACAGGGGAGGGGCUGGGCAAAGAGGCGGGUCAGUAAUAAAUGCCAGGCUUAGGAGUGAUAGCCUGACACUGUCCCAGCAGCAGUCCAUAGCCCCAGACCUUGUCCAAGGAACUCCAGUUGUGUUCGCAGCCAUGGCAAUGCAGAAGAUUUUUGCAAGAGAAAUCCUAGAUUCUAGGGGGAAUCCCACAGUGGAAGUGGAUCUAUAUACAGCCAAAGGUCGAUUCAGAGCUGCUGUACCUAGUGGGGCCUCCACUGGGAUUUAUGAAGCUCUGGAGCUGAGAGAUGGAGACAAAAGCAGAUACCUGGGGAAAGGGGUGCUGAAGGCUGUGGAACACAUCAAUAAGACUUUGGCCCCUGCUUUACUGGAGAAGAAAUUGAGUGUUGUGGAUCAAGAAAAAGUUGAUAAAUUCAUGAUUGAACUUGAUGGGACAGAGAACAAAUCCAAGUUUGGGGCCAAUGCCAUCCUGGGUGUCUCUCUGGCUGUGUGUAAGGCAGGAGCAGCAGAAAAGGGGGUUCCCCUCUACAGACACAUCGCGGACCUCGCUGGGAAUCCAGACCUUGUACUGCCAGUACCGGCCUUCAAUGUAAUCAAUGGGGGAUCCCAUGCUGGAAACAAAUUGGCCAUGCAGGAGUUCAUGAUCCUGCCCGUGGGGGCGGCAUCAUUCAGAGAGGCAAUGCGUAUUGGGGCUGAAGUCUACCACCAUCUAAAGGGUGUCAUCAAGGCUAAGUACGGGAAGGAUGCCACAAAUGUAGGCGAUGAGGGUGGGUUUGCCCCCAACAUCUUGGAGAAUAAUGAAGCCUUGGAGUUACUGAAAACAGCCAUCGAGGCGGCUGGUUACCCAGACAAGGUGGUGAUUGGCAUGGAUGUUGCUGCCUCCGAAUUCUACAGAAGUGGGAAAUAUGAUCUUGACUUCAAAUCUCCUGAUGAUCCUGCCCGGUACAUCUCUGGGGAGAAGCUGGGGGAGCUAUAUAAGAGCUUCAUCAAGAACUACCCUGUGGUUUCCAUUGAGGAUCCCUUUGACCAGGAUGACUGGGCCACCUGGACUUCAUUUCUUUCUGGAGUUGACAUCCAGAUUGUGGGUGAUGACCUCACUGUCACCAACCCCAAGCGCAUUGCCCAGGCUGUAGAGAAACGAGCCUGUAACUGCCUCUUACUGAAAGUCAACCAGAUUGGCUCUGUUACCGAAUCCAUCCAGGCCUGCAAACUGGCACAAACUAAUGGCUGGGGAGUGAUGGUCAGCCAUCGGUCUGGGGAAACAGAAGAUACCUUCAUAGCUGAUCUGGUGGUAGGACUCUGCACUGGCCAGAUCAAGACUGGGGCCCCCUGCCGUUCUGAGCGUCUGGCCAAAUACAACCAGCUCAUGAGGAUUGAGGAGGCACUUGGAGAUAAGGCUGUCUUUGCUGGGCGGAAGUUCCGUAACCCCAAGGCCAAGUAAAUGGAGGGAGCCAUGUCCUAGAUCAGCAGAAGCAUUUGAGUCCAUCACCAUCUCUAUCACUCCUCUCAAUAAAGCAUUUUGGACAUCAAGAAUGA